CCGUGAGAAAAAUACUCUCCAGUCCUCGGCGCCUCAGUUGUCGCCUUUAAAUUCCGCCCACAAACUAAACCAACAGCGCGUUUCAGUGAUCGGACAUUCGUACACCGCGGAGAACAGGAAGCAGGAUAACGCAAGAACUAUUGGAAGGAUUAACAUGAAACUUGGUGGACUGAUGCGUUGGAUCAGGAAAGAACCACUUCAAUUUUGGUUGUGUAAACCAUGAUCUAAAGCUUUAAAGUCUGCAUUUUGUCCGCCGACGUGGACCAGCCCUCACGCAUGCCUCACUCACACACAUCUAUCAUGUCUCAGUCUGAGUGUUGUUCAGAUGUAUGGGACUGGUUAUGUGUACUUCGUCUGGAGCAAUACUCUGAGGCAUUUCAUAAUGCUGGGCUGGCAACAGUGCGGCAAUGUCGCAACCUCACACCAGAUCAGCUGGAGCGGAUAGGCAUCACCCUGCCGGGUCACCGGAGACGCAUUCUGGCUAGCUUGAACAAAACACAUGGUAAUCGAGACACGCAAUCUGACACACACGGUCAGCCUCUAAUGUCUGAGAGGGAUCAGCGAUCUGAGGAAACAAGACAUCCGAAAGUGUUACACAGAAAGACACCUGUACCUCUACCCGUGGAGGAAAAAUCUAUCCAAACAGAGAAAGGAGAUGGAGAGACAUUGAAACCUACUCCCAGAGAAAGAGAGAAACCAGUCCCUAAGGAGAGACAAGUGUCCAGAAUGAAAGAGGAAAAUGAAGAAGGAGGAGAGAAGAAGUCGGUUCCUGAGCAAAGACAAACAGCACCUAGACAAAGCAAAGAAGAAGAGGGGGACAGAGGGCUAGAUGGAGAGAGGGAGAAACCUGUGCCUAAAGAGAGGACUAAAUUUCGCUCUAGUGCUCCAGUGGACUGCCCCCAUGGCCCCCGUGUCUCUCCUACUUCUGACACCCCUUUACCCCCUGUCCCUCCACGAAGCACCCCCAACUGCCCUCCACAGCGCUUUACGUCUGCCCUGUGCCCCUCACCUCCUGCUCAAACCCCUGUCUCCCCUAAACUAGACAGACAUGAUGUUAAAGCUCCAGCUGCACCGAGCGUUCCCGAUUGUUCAACCCCCACCAGAACCCCUACCCAUACUUCUUCACCAACACGGCCACAGACAUUAGCCAUUCAGCCAGCUGCCCAACAUCUGGAUGGAGGACGAAAAAGGUCAUCUGUUUCUCCCAUUGCUUCUCCCAGCCACAACAGAAAUGUUCCUCCUCUCCCUCCAAAAGUGGGGGGAGCACCUAAAGGGCCUCCACCAAUCCCGCAGAGGUGUCUUGCACAGUCUCCCAGAGCUCACAGUGCCUCUCCAAAGACAGUCACAGAUGAGAUGCAGAAAGACCAAACUCCACAGGUCCCCCCUCGGAUCAGGACACCCCAAACUCAAGACAACACACAACAUUCAACUCAACCUGACACUCAGCUGGCUCUGCACAUCAGGACUGUCUCCAGACCUUCCUGUGAAUUCAGUCAGAACUCACUUGAUGACAACUCUGAUGAUUACGAGGAUCCAGACUUUAUUAACCCACGUGUUUAUAGUAUGAAAACCCCAGACAGGGAUAUGUCCCUGCAAGUACCUGGUGGAAUAAAGGGGCGGUACAGUUCUUUGUACAGUGAUGAUGAACUAUUGGAUGAUGAUGAUUCUACCCCAUGGAAUGACAGUGGCCACAGUACCUUACAAAGCAGUGUUUACUUGCCUGCCACUGGCAGACUGGCUUCAGUCAAUAAAGAAGACAGCUCUCAGCAAGCUGCUGUCAUCAAGAUGGGCUGGCUGGACAAGAAUCCACCUCAGGGAGCUCUUUAUUACCAGCGACGAUGGGUAAAACUGGAUGUUGACUACCUGAGAUACUUCGAAAAUGACAAGGAAGUUUAUUCCAAGGGGAUCAUCUCAACAGCCUUCAUUACUAAUGUGACCAGUGUGGGAGAGCUCAAGUUUGAGGUCGCCACAAACAACCGAACAUUUAUCUUCAGGGCUGAAAGUGAAGCUGAGAGAAACGACUGGGUGACUGUACUACAGGACUGCAACAGGGGGCGCCAUCGCCGCAACACCAUGAGCCCUGGCUCGCUUUCGUCCCCAGAAUUUCAGGGCUAUUUGGAGCUCAAAGGGUUACGUCCCAAACUUUACACUGUCAUCGCCUCAGAUAAGGUCUACCUCUUCAAAAACAUAGACGACUAUCGUAUUGGAGUUGGCAUUACAUCUAUUGAGAUGAAUGUGGGAAAUAUUAAAGACUCUGAACGUCGUAACUUUGAUCUCACCACACCCUACCGCAUAUUCAGUUUCAUAGCAGAGUCAGAGCAGCUGAGGGAGCAGUGGGUGGAUGCCAUGCGGAAUGCCAUAGGUGAGGCGCUGUCAAAUAGCGAGGUGGCGGAAUGGAUCUGGGUGGAGCCAAGCAACAGUGCGUGCGCUGACUGUGGGGCUCCCAAGCCGGAAUGGGCUGCCAUCAACUUGUGCGUGGUAAUCUGCAAACGAUGCGCAGGAGAGCACAGAGGACUGGGUCCUAGCAUCUCCAAGGUCCGUAGUCUAAAGAUGGACAGAAAAAUCUGGACAGAGGAGCUUGUAAAGGUGUUCCUUUUGCUUGGCAAUGAGCGGGCAAACAGUUUCUGGGCAGCCAACGUCCCACCUAGCGAGGCUUUGAUGCCCUCUAGCUGCAGUGAAGACAGGCGACGUUUCAUCACCAACAAAUACCGGCAGGGAAAAUACAGGAAGUACCACCCUCUGUAUGGAAACCAGAAAGAACUCAACAAUCUGGAAUGUGCCGUAACUCCGCCUCUACUCCUCCUCCUCCUCCUGUCCUCCGCAUUGUUUGGCUGAGACUGCUGAAGAAAGUUGAUCUCUUCAGUCCUGACUCUUUUUCCUAUUUAUUAGAGACUGAAACCUUUUCUUUUAACAUUUGUAGUUUUUGUGUGCGUGUCUUUGUCUGCUGCCAUAAAAACAGAGGAGUGCCUGAAAGGAACUGGAAACU